AUGGCAAUCCUAGAGAGGUCGCCUCCACAGGCCAGCUCGGGCGCACUUCCGGCCUUUGUGUGGCUGCGGGAGACGGGAGACUGCGGCCCGGGCCGGCCGGAGCGUCAGUGCGCUCUUUACGUGACUCGGUGUUCCCCACCCCCACCCCAGGGCAGAGGCAGGGGUCACCCAGACCGCAGCGCGGCCUGUGGGGUCCGGAGAAGGCCCGGCAGUCCCCUGCGGGCACCGCGUCUCCACCUGUGCGCGCAUUCGGGUCUCGCCUUCCCUUUUGUGCCCCGGGCAGGCGAGGCACUUCACAAAGACUUGCGCAGGGGGGCGGGGCCGGAGCGGUGUCCACGGUUACCCACGCACACACACCCGUUCCGCCUGGCUGCAGAAUUCAGGCCGAUCCCGCUGCCUCCCAAAUCCGUGCUGCUCCACAGGGAAAGUCCUUUUGAAAAUGAAGUGGUUGUUGAACUGCGAAAUGCGCCCUGGAUCCGUCAGCUUUGCGUUUUCUUCUUCAGCGCACACAGUAACCCGAGCGCUGGGCUAGCAGUAGGGGGAGGGAGGAUUCAGGCCAGAUUCUCGCCUGCCCCACACGGGGACACUCGAGCAAGGGAGCUGACGGGUGUGCUCCUGACACAACUUGAGAUACCCGAAGCACAGUGUAAACACAUAAAAUUCUUAGAUCUCUGGCUGUACAAAAGCAAGUGGCAAGCUGCGUUCGACCCAGCGGCAGAAGCGUAUGAAUCCCCUUCCUGGAAUAUGAUGGUCUAGAGAUGCCUGUCAAAAUCCUCUGAAGCUGUCUUCCCCUUCCCCUUAGCAAAGCCUCCCAGCACUCAUUUUUGCCUGUAGGUAUAAGGGCUGCAGGUCCUCUCCCUCCCUCAUGCAGCCUCCAAAAUGUGCCAUGGAAAUUUAGACACUUAGGAAUUGCCUUGGAACAGAACUGGUGGUAACAGCGACUCUAGGAUUUGCUGCCAGUUUCUCCCCCCCGCCCCGCGGGUGGAACAAGUUGUUGAUUGUUCUCUUUCCCUGGAUUUUAACCAAGGUGAUAAAUGAGUCCCUGAGGAAGAGAUCUCGGGGAAAGGUGGGUGCUCGGAGCCAGAGCCCUGACUCCCAGGCCUUGCGCUCAUCUGCGUCAGAACCUCUGUUUCCAGCAAUAAAGGCUGUUCUAAGUGGUCCAGGA